AUGCAGCUGCGCUCAUUUUUUGUUGAAUGUUGUGAGCCCCCGCAGUGUAUGACGGAGCUGCUCUCCGGGGAAGCUCUUCCCACUAGGAAUCUAUGGACGCUUGAUGUGGACUGCAUGAAGUUACUGGCGGCUUGUCCAUCCGUUGCGGACCUCCUGUUCUACCAUACUACCACCCUCAUGGACGCGCUCAGAAAAAUCUGUGCGGAGGUUUGCGCCAAAGCUGGGCGCCAUCUUAACCCUAGUGAUUUAUCACCACGGCUUUCGCAUCUUCCUACAGUGGGAACCCCGCCGCCCUCGCUGCCUCCCCAGCGCGGGAUAUUGGUUAGUGUUUGUGGAUCAAUUGUCCGGAUGAAUACAAAGAAGGUGGUACCGCUGGUGCGCAAGUUAAAGUGCUUCAAAUGCCUUGAGACAGUGGAGUUGACCUCAAGCCCGUUUGACCGCUCAACAAAGUUGAAACCUCAUUGUGCGAACAAAGAAUGCAAAGGAGAGGAGUUGCAGCAGAUUGGGCAGGUGUGGAUGGACUACGCGGAGUGCCGACUGCAGCAGCGCCAUAGCGAGAGUGGCCGACUUCCUCGCACGCUUCUUAUAACGCUUGAAGAUGACCUCUCGAAAAAAUGUACUGUAGGUCAGUUGGUGGAGGUGAUUGGUAUUCUUUUCCCAAAAUGGCGCAAUACUUACCCAAAUGCGUUGCCAAUCAUUGAACCCACCAUUUGGGCGCUCAACGUUAACGUGAUGGACUCCUACCGCGAUGGCGGAAGUUUCAACGCGUCUGCGGCGGCAAAGCGGAGGCACAAUGGACAGGUAGAAGAGUCCGCCUUUACACCCGAGUCCUUUUAUUCCUCGUUCGGCAAAGACAAAUUUGGUAGAGGGAGCGCGUUGGUGAAUUCCGUUUGUCCACAUUUGGCGGGACUCUUCGCUCCUCGCAUGGCUGUUAUUUUGGCGACUUUGGGUGGGACAUCCACGGUUGGGAAGACGCGCAUGCAUGUCCGCUCCACAAUCCAUUGCCUUUUUGUUGGUGAUUCUUCCACAGGAAAAUCACAGUUACUACGAUGCGCAGCCCUUUUAGCCCCACGAAGCACUUCCACGACUGGCAUGGGGAGCACUUCCGCUGGUCUCACGGUUGCGGCAUCGAAAGAGCAAGGAGAGUGGGUAUUGGAGCCUGGCGCUUUGGUAUUGAGUGAUGGGGGUGUUUGUGUUAUUGACGAGCUUCGGACCGUUUCUGUUGGUGAUAGGGCCUCCCUUCAUGAAGCAAUGGAGCAACAAACGAUAUCCGUGGCCAAAGCUGGAAUGGUGACCAAACUGCGUACCUGCUGCUCUGUUAUAUCUGCUUGUAAUCCCCCAACCCGUCAAAAUGGGACCGAAAUUGGUGUUGGUGGGCCACUGUUGAGCCGUUUCGACUUCGUCUUUCUUCUUUGGGACACCCCGUCACCCGAAACGGACGACCGUAUCGCCACGCAUAUCCUCAACUAUUCGCAAGCUGGAAGGUUGCCGGAUUCGGUGCUGUCGCUCGAUGAUGUGGGUCGCUACUUGCGGUGGGUUCACGCACAUUACUCCCAGAAUGGGGGUCCGCUGCUCACCGACGGAGCCUCACGGCUUAUCAAGGCGUACUAUGAAAUGCAGCAGCGCCGCGGCGCGGUGCCAAACCUUGCUGAUUGUGUACCGAUCACAAUUCGCUUACUGGAAUCUCUUGUUCGCGUAACGCAGGCGUACGCGAAACUGCACCUGGAGCGCGUUUGCACGGAAAUGGACGCGGCAUUUACGGUAUUCCUUUUUGAACAAAGCGCAUACAGUCUUAAAUGUCCAUUAGAAGUACUUGGACCAGAUGUUUACACAAGCUCAAAGUGUUUGGAGGAGUAUUUCCUCGAUCUCAGUCCCAAGGGCGUGGAGAAGCAGCGCACAAUCCUGCAAGCCAUCACAGACACGUUUUCCAGUUGCAGCAGCACCCUUGAUUCUGAGACAACGCUUGAAAAUGUGCCGCAGGAUUUGGCUGCCGGUGAGUGGCUCAGUAAGUUAAGGGCUCCUCAUGAGAAAACGCCCUCCCCUGAUCGUCUUGUGGGUAAACGAAGCAACUCAGAUUCUGGUACACUUGAAGCUGCGUUGAGAAGCGUGAAGCGUUUGGUGGCUGAGGUGAGAACUCCGAGGGAAGAACCACAAACGGUGAUAUGUUAUCCGGCUGAUUCUUUAUCUCAGCUCUCUGCCCCACCUGUUUCAUUACCCCCCGCAAGGACACCAAACAGGCUUCGUGAUGCCAAAGAAAUCAUGCGUAGUUUGUCGUUUAAUGCAUGA